GACACCUUUUCUCCCUGCGCUCCUCCCUCGGUUGGCUCUCUCGAAACACCUCGUCGUUCGAACAGCUAAGAAAGAGAGCGAGAGGGAAACAAAUCAGAUGGAGCGGAGAGACGCGGGGGGAGAGAUUUCCGGGGUUUAUUUACUCUCUUUUUCUCUCAAUUUCAUCAUCUUUUCAUUAUUUUCAGCGCUGGCUCAAAGUAGGGAGGAAGAGGGAGGAAGCGGGGUUUGCUUCUAUACCUCUGAUUCCGACCACUGGGGUCAGAGGAUCGCCCAUUCCAUUUCUUCUCAAGUAUCCGUGUUGAAUGCCUUUUGCAGGUUACAUUUUGGCUGGACAUUGUUUUGAUUCCGAUUAUUGGAUCGUCAACGUUUUCUUCUUCUUUAUCUUCUUCUGCUGAGAGAGAUUCUCAGCAGAAGAAGAAGAAACAAGGCAAUUUGAGUACUUAUUUAAUGGAUUUGGAGUUCUUGUGAGAGGAAGGAAAGGUUCGUCCCAAGAGACUCGCCGGAAGAGCAGAGAAUGGAGGGCUGGUUGUAUCUAAUCCGGUCAAAUCGAAUCGGCCUGCAGUAUUCUAGGAAAAGAUAUUUUGUCCUGAAGGAGAACCUCCUCAAUUGCUUUAAGAACAUACCCAAAUCAAAUAGAGAGGAGCCUCUAAAAACUGCGUUGAUUGAUUCCUACAUACGGGUCACUGACAAUGGAAGAGAGAGCUUCCAUAGAAAUGUUUUCUACAUUUUUACACUCUAUAAUUCUUCUAAUCACAAUGAUCAACUUAAGCUGGGAGCUAGAAGCUCAGAAGAAGCAGCUAAGUGGAUCCAAUCGUUAAAAGAAGCAGCAAUGAAGGAAUGCCCAAGUGAUGGAGCGAAGCCUGUUCAAUGCUCGAAGUCAAGGCGUCAUUCAUUUAGGUUAGUCCAAGCUAGAUGUAGAAAUCGCCUGCAUUCCAUAGAUUGGACAGUUUUCACAACUGGGUACACUAAGCGAAUGACCUCCGAUGUCAUUGCACCAUCACCAUGGAUAAUUUUUGACUGUAAAAAUGGCUUGAGGCUCUUUAAAGAGGCAAAAAAUGCAGCUUUUCUUGGGAUGCAUUGGGAUGACCAUCCAGCUAUAAUGGCUGUAGGUGUGGUUGAUGCACCCUCAGAAGUCAUUUUCAAGACAUUGAUGUCUUUUGGUCUAUCGAGAUCUGAAUGGGAUUUCUGUCUAGCCUUUGGCAGCGUGGUCGAACAUCUUGAUGGUCAUACUGAUAUUAUUUACAAGAAAUUAAAUAGAGAUUGGUUGCCAUGGGGGAUGAAAAGAAGGGAUCUACUCUUAAGACGUUACUGGAGGAGAGAAGAUGAUGGAACAUAUGUUAUAGUAUACCACUCUGUUUACCAUCCAGACUGUCCACCUAAGAGAGGCUAUAUUCGUGUCUCCCUUAAAAGUGGUGGAUAUGUCAUAUCUCCAGCCAACCAAGAAAAACAUUCUGUUGUCAAGCACAUGCUUGCAAUUGAUUGGAGAUUUUGGAAGCCUUACUCUUUGACUUCUUCAUCAAAAUAUAUAACAAUCAGGAUGCUGGCAAGAGUUGCAGCUUUAAGAGAAUUUUUCCAAGCAAAACAUGGAAACUAUUUGAGCUCCAAUUUCUCAUCUAGUGAAAGAACAAGGGAGAUACUUUCGCCCCUUCAUGAAAAAGAGUAUAUAAAGGAGGAAGUCAAGAUGGCUAGUGAUAGUAUUAAGGGUGAUGAUUCUGAGGAAGAUUUACAAGUUCUUGCUUCUCCCAAACAUGCCAAAAUUGGUGGAUCAAUUGUUCAACUUAAUGAUGCUGUUGAUGAAUUUUUUGAUUUGCCUGAUGAAUCUGAUUGUGAUGAAUCAGAGGCUGCAUGGCCUCCCAAUGAGGAUGCCGUAUCCCAGGAACAACGCCAUCCCAUGUUAACAACAGCAGCUGUUUUAGUGAAGAAAUUACAAGAUCUUUCAGGUCAAAGGAGGGGUUAUGCUGAACUGAAAGAAGCUUCGGUGCGUGGUACAGAACAUUACAGCUAUGGGACCACUCUUCCAAAUGACUCAAGUUGUAUGACCAAAUGUAGUUGGAGCACCGCAGAUCCUUCAUCAUUUCUAGUUCGCGGUGAAUCCUACUUGAAAGAUCAUAAGAAGGUUAAAGCCAGCUCUACUUUGAUGAAAAUGGUAGGUGCUGAUUGGCUGAAAUCUGAUAAGCGUGAAGAUGAUCUUGCUGGUCGAGUAGGGGGAAUCGUUCAGAGACACGCACUUCAUGGAAGCAGUGAUUUUUUCUUUGUCAUAAACAUCCAGGUUCCUGGUUUGACUGCUUAUAAUCUUGCUUUCUAUUAUGUGCUGGACACGUCAUUGGAGGAUUUUCCGCUGCUAGAAAGUUUCGUCAAGGGUGAUGACGCUUACAAAAACUCGAGGUUUAAGCUCAUACCAUAUAUAUCUACGGGUUCUUGGAUAGUAAAGCAGAGUGUGGGGAAGAAAGCAUGUUUGUUGGGUCAGGCUUUGGAAAUAAAUUAUUUCAGUGGGAGAAACUACCUUGAGCUUUGCGUCGACGUUGGCUCAUCUACUGUCGCGAGGGGCGUCGCGAGCCUUGUACUCAGCUACCUAAACAACCUGGUGAUAGAAAUGGCUUUUGUAAUACAGGGAAAUAGCCAAGAGGAGCUGCCAGAAUUCCUGCUUCCUGCUGGGGACCUGUAGACUGAACUAUCUUGAUGCCACUAAAGCUAUCCACGUUAACUUAUGCUGACAUUAAGAAGUAUCCAUUUAUUUCUUUUUUGUUUACAGGUUGCUACAUAUUAUUUGCUUAAUGUUAUAAUUUGCAGUGUUGUCCAAUGUCAUUUUUCAAAAUAUUUAUUGACAUGUAUCCGUGAAUUUUUAAUAUAUAUUGAGAGA